UGUAGUAUAGUCAUGUAUUGUGACUUUUGAUGCCUCUGUAAUGUAUAUUAGUUGUUUAUGUGAGAAAAGAAAGUCUGUGUAUAUAUAUGUGUAUAUAUUCGCUAAUGCUAACAGGCCUAGCGGUGAGAACCGAAGCCUGGCCGUGCUAGCCUUUAGCAGCCAUUUUAGGUGCUAGUGAAUUAGAUGGGUGAAGGAACAAAAUGGAUGUAUAUUUCAAACUAUAUAUAUGUAUAUAUACUUUUCCCGCUCUUUCAUGUGUUUCAGUUCGAGAACAUUUGGCAGUGAGCAGUAAAAUUAAAACUGUAUUUCCCCAAGUCUAGUUUAGGGAGGUAACAUUAGCAGUGCUAACUAAUUAAUUUAAUGAAUUAUGUGAGGAGUGGGCAAACUUUUUGACUCACGGGCCGCGUUUAGUUAGCAAAAUUGUCCGAUUUAACACACACACACGCACUAUUUCAUGCUUAUAAUUCUAACAGUCCGCAUUAAAUUAUUUGUCUAAUUUUAUCUGUAAAAGUGUUACACUAUUAGCUGUAUGUUCUCAUGUGCCUUUUUUAAAGGAGCACUUAAAACGUCAGACCACAUCAAACUACGAAAUUGCAUUUUACAGUUUUUUUCUGAAUAAAUUUUUUUUUCUUACAAUACUUGUAAGUCAUGUUGCCAGUUUGUAUGUUAAAAGUUGAAAUACUUAGAAAGCAACUUGGGAGGGGCCGGAUUCAAACGCUUGGUGGGCCGCAUGUGGCUCCCGGGCCGUAGUUUGCCCACCCCUGAAUUACCUUAACAUUUGUAGCGUAAUUCACGCAUGCACAUCACGUGAAGCCAUAAUGACAGACGGUAGGUCAGGAGGUGCGUUCACUGACCCUUCGCAAAUCACAAUAAUGUCUUUGUGAUGCGCGCAUGUGUGGUCUAAGUAAACAGAAGGAAAAACAGUUAAAGGGGGCCAAUUAUGCUCAUUUGUUUUGAGUUGUGGACUCCUAUAGAGCAGCUACACGCAAUAACGUGCACAGAAAGCUGUCUCGAUCUUCCAGAAUCUGCACCUAUUCCAGCUAUAUUUCCUUGGAUUUGUGCUACUCGCCAAAAUGGUCUGUUUUAAUUUAUUCCACCCUCCGGGCACGCCCACUCCACUGUGAUUGGUCACAAGCCCAAAGUGCUUCCGAACCCCACUUUCUAAUAUAGUGGGUAUAGGAGUUGAUAAUUAACGAAUAAAGUCUUUGGAGCGCUAAUUAAGAAAUGCUUAGGAGCUGCGGGCAGCUCAUGGUCGACUGGCCUGGUUUACAGCCACGGCCAUAUAAGGAAGUCCCCUCCUUUGUGAUGUCACAAAAGGGGCAGUUUUACCACGCCUUUGGAAACGAAGCGUUUUGAGACAUCCUUAACUUCUUGCUAAUUCGUCAACUCACCUGUUGCUCCUUGUUGAUGGCCAGACAGGCACUGGAGACGGAGAACUGCACGAUGAACACCAUGAAGAGGAUGAUCAUAUUACAAUUGAAUGCAUCACAUAACCAAGGAUACGAAGAACAGGAGGACCUGGUGGUGCUUCAUUGCACCAACGAGGCCGGCCAGAGCCACAAAGAAGAGGAAGACGCCCACUCCCACGACGCCGCCUACCACUUGGAAACUGGAGACCAGGCCAAACCACUUGCCCCAUGCUGCUAUCCCGAUCAUCAGCAGACUCACCAUCUGAGGGACAGAAGGACAUCAUGUGUGUCAUCUUCUUCAUCCAGUACCGUCUUCUCAAGCCGCUGCACCGUCGACGUCGUCCCGCCCUGCCGGCCGGCUACCGGUGGCUGAGAGGAUGUUCGAGCGGAAGAGCGAAUGACAGCGAGUCUUCUGGUUGUGGUUAUGGCCCAGCGACGACGGAACGGCCGCCUGGCGAGCGAGUGAAAACGGCGGCAGGGAGUGCCAAACCAUGUUGCUCUGAGUUGUGACCUGAGCCAGCGAGGAGGAGGAGGAGGAGGAAGAAGGGCGGCGGCGGCAUCGGCUGGACUCAGCCACACAUCCCUGGAGGCGUCCGGCGGCCGGCCAUGGGGAACACGGCCACCAAGUUCCGCAAGGCGCUGGUGGGCGGCGACGAGGCGCUGGCCUGGCAGCUUUACGAGGGCAACCCCCAGUUCAGGGACGGCCUGGACCCCAACGCAUCCUACGGCGAGCAGUACCAGCACAACACGCCGCUGCACUACGUCUGCCGCCACGCCAUGACACGCCUACUCAGGUCCUUCUUGUUUAGCAAAGAGGGGAAUCCCAACAAGCGCAACGUGCACAACGAGACGUGCCUCCACGUGCUGUGCCAGGGCCCGCUCAUCCUUUUGUUGCCAGAGGGGGCGCUGUCGCCGCGGCUGGCCCGCCCCCAAAGGGACGAGCAGCGGCGUGCGGACUGCCUGCAGAUGAUCCUGAGCUGGACGGGGGCCAGGCUGGAGGGCGGCCAGUAUGAGAAGGCCAAUGUCAACGCCACCGACAACCAUCACAGCACGUGCCUGCACUACGCCGCCGCUGCGGGCAUGAAGAGCUGCGUGGAGCUGCUCAUCCAAAGCGAGGCGGACCUCUUCAUCGAGGACGACGACAAGCUGACGCCGUGCGACCACGCCGAGCGCCAUCACCACACGGAGCUGGCCCUCAGCCUGGAGUCCCAGAUGGUCUUCUCCUCCUCGCCGGCGCCGCACUCCAACGCCGACUCGCGCGCCGACGUGAAGCUACUGCAGCACAAAGAGCCUUACGAGGGAUUGAAGCUGCAGGACCUCCGCAGGCUGAAGGACAUGCUGAUCGUGGAGACGGCAGACAUGUUGCAAGCGCCGCUCUUCACGGCCGAGGCCUUGCUCAGAGCGCACGACUGGGACAGAGAGAAGCUCCUGGAGGCCUGGAUGUCGGACGCCGAGGGCUGCUGCCAGCGCUCGGGCGUGGCUAUGCCCACGCCGCCCCCCAGCGGCUACAACGCCUGGGACACUCUGCCAUCUCCCCGCACGCCACGGACCCCUCGCUCGCCGCUCACGCUCACCUUCACCUCGCCGACGGACAGCUGCCUCACCCCGGGAGAGGAGGGCGUGGCCACGUGUGGAAUCUGCCUGUCCUCCAUCUCCGUCUUUGAGGACCCUGUGGACAUGUCCUGCGGACACGAGUUCUGCAGAGCAUGCUGGGAAGGGUUCCUCAACCUCAAGAUUCAGGAGGGCGACGCCCACAACAUCUUCUGCCCGGCGUACGAGUGCUACCAGCUGGUGCCCGUGCACGUGAUUGAGAGCGUGGUCUCCAGAGAGAUGGACCAGCGCUACCUACAGUUUGACAUCAAGGCCUUCGUGGAGAACAACCCGGCCAUCCGCUGGUGUCCCGCGGCGCGCUGCGAGAGGGCGGUGCGGCUCACCCGACCCGGCCCGGGAGAAAGCGACCCGCACAGUUUCCCGCUGCUGCCCUCGCCGGCCGUGGACUGCGGCAAGGGUCACCUCUUUUGCUGGGAGUGCCUUGGCGAGGCCCACGAGCCGUGUGACUGUCACAUGUGGAGGAAUUGGCUCCAGAAGGUCACCGAGAUGAAGCCGGAAGAACUGGCAGGUGUGAGCGAGGCCUACGAGGACGCGGCUAACUGUCUCUGGCUGCUGACCAACUCUAAGCCGUGUGCCAACUGCAAGUCCCCCAUUCAGAAGAACGAGGGCUGCAACCACAUGCAGUGUGCCAAGUGCAAGUACGACUUCUGCUGGAUCUGCUUGGAGGAGUGGAAGAAGCACAGCUCGUCCACGGGAGGCUACUACCGCUGCACUCGCUACGAGGUCAUCCAGCAGUUGGAGGAGCAGUCCAAAGAGAUGACCGUGGAGGCGGAAAAGAAGCACAGAAGCUUCCAGGAGUUGGACCGCUUCAUGCACUACUACACCAGGUUCAAGAACCACGAACACAGCUACAAGCUGGAGCAGAAACUGCUGAAGACGGCCAAGGAGAAGAUGGAGCAGCUGAGCAGAGCCUUCAUCGGCCGUGAGGGCGCUCCGCCCGACACGCGCUUCAUCGAGGACGGCGUGAGCGAGCUGCUGAAGACGCGGCGCGUCCUGAAGUGCUCGUACCCGUACGGCUUCUUCCUGCAGCAGGGCAGCACCCAGAAGGAGAUAUUUGAACUCAUGCAGACGGACCUGGAGAUGGUGGUGGAGGAUCUGGCGCAGAAGGUCAACCGCUCCUACCUGAGGACGCCGUGCCACAAGAUAGUCAGCGCCGCUCGCCUGGUCCAGCAGAAGAGGCAGGAGUUUUUGGCGUCGGUGGCGCGCGGCGUGGCGCCCAACGACUCCCCCGAGCUUCCUCGCAGGAGCUAUCCCGGAGGAUCCUGGGACUGGGAAUACCUGGGUUUCGCUUCCCCUGAGAUGGGGAGUCGUCACUCUGUGGUCGGAGCAGUGGACCCAAGAGACAGAUCAUCACAGGAUUUCGCCGACAUUCAGUACCGGCGAAGGCAUCGAGCUCGCCGCCGGGGAGACGUGUUGAAUCUGCACAACCUCCGAAGUAGCAGCAACACGCCGGAGAGCAGCAGGCGGAGUGACAACAACAACACAGACGGUCCGGAGAGGAGCGAGGCCCGCAGGAGAGCGCUGGGCUCCCUGGAAGAAGACGACCCCAACUUCCUGCUGGCCAUCCAGCUGUCCCUGCAGGAGUCACGGCGUGAGCGGGGCAUGGAGGAGAGGGCGGAGCUGGAGCGAAGACUGCAAGGGGGUGGUUCCGCAGGGGACCCGGAUGACGUCACGCCGCGUCCCUUCAACGGUGACGCCCCCCCGGGUGGAGCGAGAGGUUCUUCCUUUCCCCCGCCGCUCUUAAAUCCUCCGCGCCCCCCCAGCAGGACAGACUCCACCCCCCAGCCCCCGCUACCGUCUACCUCCCUGCCCCUCCCUCCUCCGCCUCCCCCGCUCAGCGCCGAGCUGCUGAAGCUGGGAGACAGCCUUAAGAAACCCGGCGCCGCGCCUUACGAGCCUCGCGGCCACGCCCACGGCGCUCCCUACUGCCCCCCGGAGGCCGCCCACGGCGACUGCAGCCAUAGACCGGACCUGCCCACGGAGCGUGCGGCCGCGGCGGACCCUCAGAGUUACUGCCACACAAGCACACCCCCGCCUGAGGCUGAACACACUGCCUGCGGUGCACUGGGCCACACCCAAAACAAAAUGGCCGCCAGUUCACACAAACGUGAGCACGCCGCAGACGGCCCGGAACGCCCCCCCGCCCAGUUGUGCCUCCCUUCUCCAGAGCUGGAGCCGGAAUUGCUGCUGCUUUCCCCCGUCAUCCCCCCGGGGGGCCCCUUCACCCCCAGCGACCCUCAGAGUCUGGAGCCCCUGGAUCCCACAGCCAGCGCCCAGCUGCUGGACAACAUCAUGGCCUGGUUUAACCACAACAUCACCCCCCAGAACAACCCCCAGAGCCUGGCCCUCAUCCCCUCACCGCCCACCACCGAGACCGACUCCUCCCCGGACGACACGCUCACCGAGCCCUCCGGGGCCAUGGCCCCCGCCCUCACCUGGCAGCCCCCGGAGGGCGAGCCUCACGCAUCGCCGAUGGACUCCUGCCCCAGCAGACCCAGCACCCUGGAGCUGGACGGCACGGUCGCCGGCCAGGAAACGCGGGACGACAGGGAAGAGGCGGGGCAACGGCGUGUGGCGGAAAUGACGCCGCAACACGGAGACGGUUCCGCACACUCAGACAAAGACUCGGACCUCCUCUUGGAGGGGGAGCCAUCGUCGCCUGUGGAGUGGGAGGAGAAAGUCCACUUGGUGUGACAGGAAGAUGUUUACUGUGUCAGUAUCAUCAUCACCUCUUCCUUUCACUUUCACUUUCUGUUCAUGCAAAGCUACUGAGGUUAGCACGACACACACACACUUGUACCUUUUAGUUAUUGAUUCCACUCGUCACCCGCCUCCAGCCGUGUCCACACUACGGAUGUUUUUGUUCGUGACGUCACGUGAUUCUUUCAUACGUUCACUUAAGUCGUGAACUUAGCAGCCAGGCCUUCUCAACCCUUCAAAUUAAAAUGACGCUGAAUGUCACAUCUACUUUUUAAUUUCACUUUUCUUUAUGAUCUUUCUCUCACAAGAACUCACAAAGUCAAACACUAAAUAUUGAUUUUAUUUUUAGAUGCAUGAUGGAUUUAUGGAGAUCCUGACCCACACUUGACCCCGUUCAUAAAAAGCUUCAUAAACACUUUUUACAUUUUUCAAAAUAAUAUUUUCUCCAUAUUAAACCUAUACACUAUACAUUUUACUUUCAUUUUGACAUUUUGUUGUUUGAUACAAUUUUUGUCCCAAGAACUCCUGAUUUUUUAUUUAUUCAUAGGAAACAAAAAUGUUUUUUUGUAUUUGUAAAAAAAAAAAAAAAAAAAACAUGCAUAUUUUACCCUUUGGCCCCUUUUAUAAAACGUUUCAUAAACAUUUAGGUUAUUAAAUAUUUUCUCCAAAAAUAGAACAUUUACAUAUAUUUCACUUGCACUUUUUAUAUUUUAUUGUUAAAUAAACAACACUUUUAUUAUUAUUUGAACCCUGAUUUUGAUGCAUUAUUAUUUUUGAGAGGUUAAAAAAAAUACCAAAAAAUAAUAACGACCCCUCAAAGUCUGAAAUAUUUAGGUAAUUAAGUAAAAAAAAAAAAAAAAAAAAAGGCCUGCGCUUUGUGGACUGAAGGCCAAAAACUACCUUUACGUGUGGACAUGCUGUCAGUUGGGUGCGAGUGACGUUUCGGUGCUUAAACCCAAACCCGACAUUUUUUGCAGGCCCGCUGACCCGCCAAAAUAAAAGCUGCAGCCGUAGCCUUUGGAGCUUUUUUUGAGCGUACUGUACAAUCAGAGGGCCUCAUUUUUGAUACUGGACCUUCAUGCACACGGUGCCUGCAGGAGAGGCACCACACGCUCCUCCUGUCACCUUCCUUUUGCCAACACAUAACCCCCAUCCGACCCCCUUCCCACCACUUCCUGUAUGACAUCACCGCCCAUUCCAAAACACUCGGUGGAGGUUCCGCUUGCAUUUCCUUAAGUGCCAUCUUGUCAUGAAACUCCAGAUGCCAUAGUUGCUGUUAUUGAUUGUAGCAGAUUUAUUUAAGACGGGCACAGUCGGUCCAGACACACACACACACACACGGAUCCAUUAUUCCGAAAUGUGAUUUCUCGAUGUAUUUUGGAGGCUUUGCACCAUCCCAGUGUUAGUUUGCAGACAAACUACUCAUGUGAGAAGAUGUGCUUUCUGGCUUCCAUCUGACAGCAGAGUGCUGAGCUCUGCGUGCCUUUCAUUCUCGCCACUUCAUGUAAUUCUUCGUCUUGGUGUUUCUCCAGAGAGGUGCACAACGCGAGCCUUUCAAGGUCCUCGGUGGUUCGUUAUCCCGAAAGAACCAUGUAGCCUCAAAAAUACCACGAUAAACCACCGAGGUCAGAUAGGAUCUGGUGCUUUGGAUUAGCCAUCACAAAUGCAUCCAGUGACGUUUGAUUAUUUAUUCACGUUUUGAUAAAAGUGCUUCUCUCUGUACAAAAUGUUCAAACCACAACAAUUGAUUUGCACUUGCAGCUCUUAUUUAAUGUAUUACGGUUUAUUUUCUUUAUUUUACAAACUCUGUGUCAUGUUUUUCUUUGUUUUGUGGGAAAAAAAAUCCCACAAGAAAUGUCACUCAUAAGUUGUUUAUACUUGAUACAUUCCCAGUUUGUCCAUAUGAAAGGUUUCAAUGUGCGGCUAAAAGUGUCAAAUGAAAGUGUCAGUGCAAAGUUUACGCUCAAUUAAAAGAAAAAAAAA